AUGUCGACACCACCUUUAAACAAACUUUCCGUCAAAGUGGAUGGAAAUCAACUCAUCUUUUAUAAUCCCAAUAAUGAAAUUGAUGAUAACAUCGGAGUGACUUUCCACCGAACCCUUCGUAUUCCAGACGAUGGCAAGAUCUAUCCAUUGCCACCAUCCUUGGGUUCCUUUCCAGUGAAACGAGUCGAUGAUUACCUAGAUCGAGUUCCUGAAGCAUGGAAGAAACAAGGAGGAGUGUUCAUUCCUCUCUAUCAACGAGAAGCCAUGUGGUUGGAAUUUAUGAAUUUCAAUACGGAAUAUCCUCAUGCCAUGAAAAUUGCAGUUGGAAAAGUAAAUGCAUUAUCGGGAGAGACCUGGGAUGAGGAAAUUAAACUGAGAAAUGUACAAGACUAUGUGGUUACACCAUUGCAACCAUGGUUGGAUGGUAUCAAUGCUGGAGAUGGUUAUAUUAAGCAAUUUAUUGCAAUGCCUCUUGGAGGUGGAUACACCGUUGAGGGUCAAGUGACUGGUGAAGAGAAAGUGGGUGGAUGUCAAAUUAUUUGUUACGCACCAAAUCAUGAAAAACGUUUGAAACAAUUUGCUCCAAAACCUGUCGUUCAGAGAUCAAAGCAAUGCGAGAAGAAAUCAUCAUAUGGAAGUGAUUUACAAUCGUUGAACUUGACUCCUUCAUUUUCCAUUCCUUCAUCAAAUGAUUGUGUAAAUAGCCUAUUUGUCCCACCAUCUGCAUCUGGAUCUUCAUUUGGAUAUGUCAUGCCUCAAGAAGAAAUGUGUUAUGAGUCUGCACCAUCAUCAUCCUCAUGUGUUCCUUCAUUGAUGGAUCAUACUAUUCUUGAACAAGAAUUGAGCAAAUGUACAUUGGACGAUGAUGAAUGUGAAAAUGACUUUCUCGAUUAUGAGGGAACUGAGGAAAGAAAAGUGAGUGGAGCUAAGGAGCUUGGUCUUGCAGCUGGAGGUAAAAUGAAGCAACAAAUCAUUGAAGAUCCUUAUGGCCCUUCAUUCUGGGAUGAAAUGACAAAAGCUAGAAUUUUCAUUCACAUUGUCAAUAGUGAAAUGUAUGAACAAAUAACUGGAGAGAAAGUUCCACCAACCCCCAUUACUGCUCAAACAUAUGCUAGUUACAAUUAUCCAUGGUUUGAUUUUUAUAAUGAAGAUACCGGAAGUGUUGGCAAGAGCAAUAUAUUGUCACAAGUGAAAUCGGUCAAAGAGGUAGAUCAAGAAAAGUAUGCUUGGCCUCAACAAAAUGACUCGUCUGUUCAAAUUAAUAACGUAACUACUAUUAAGGGUUCCUUUAAUAAGAGUGAUGUCAGAGAUGGUGAUUGGUAG